UGUGACGUCAGGACACGCAAUGGCUGCUAGUGGCACAGCUGUAACGGUUCUCACUCCCAAUGGGAGAAGGCAAACAGUUAAAGUGGCUCCAAACACGCCAUUACUGCAGGUGCUGGAGGAAGUCUGCAAGAAGCACGGAUUUGACCCAGAAGAUCACGGUUUAAAGUUUCAGAGGACUAUUGUUGACCUGACGCGGCCAUGGAGGUUUGCAAACCUGCCCAACAACGCCAAACUGGAAAUGGUGACGAGUACGAGGAAACAAGUUAUAGCUGACAGCCAGGUGCGGAUUGCACUACAGAUGGAGGACGGCUCUCGGCUCCAGGGUUCGUUCUCCUGUGGACAGACUCUGUGGGAAGUGCUCACACAUUUUCCAGAAAUCAGUGUGUUGGAGCUAUCUGACUCAGGAUCCACUCCUGUGUGUGUUUACAUGAGAGAUGAGGUGAGUGGCGAAGAAGAACUAAAGAAGGCCUCUUUGAAGUCUCUAGGUCUUACCGGAGGAAGUGCCAUUGUCAGGUUUUUAGUCAAAAAGGAAAAAAACUCAGGAGAAAAAGCUGAAAUGGAUACACCCGCUAUGCUAACUACGCCCAUUGCCAUGGAAACCACACACAGUUCAUCCCCGCAGCCGGAUCCCGCUCCAUCGGUUCCAGAAAUGUCAGCAACAGAUGUGCCAAGCCCAGAUAAGCUGGCGGAAACCCAAACUGUGCCAUCUUCUGCCACAUCUACAAUCACACUACCCGUUCAACAAGAAGACGCUCCAAACCCCCAGGAUGCCGUUCGACCUAAAGACCCUCCCACAGGAAGUCAAACACCAGAGGACGAUGGUGAAAAAGCGGGGCCGUCAGGACUAAACUGCCACCCAUCAUCUCCUACUUCUUCAGCUCCUUUCAUUCCUUUCUCCGGAGGUGGUCAGCGCCUCGGCGGUCCAGCUGGAGGAGCUGCACGUUCCCUCUCUUCAUCAUCAUCCUCAUCUCUGUCAGCGCUGACCGCUGCUGUUGAGUCACCCAAAGCCAAGAAAGCCAAAUCCAGCCACGGUUCAAGCACAAAGUGUAAAACCACUACCAAGGUGCAGCAUGAUAGUACGGGUGAUGCGGAGGAGUUCUUAGAGCCAGUGGAGAGGGAGCCUCUCAUCUACCACCUGGACUCUACAUCCCAUCAGUCUGAGGACUACGGGGAUCUGCCCGACGAGUUCUUUGAAGUGACCGUGGAUGAUGUGCGGAAGCGCUUUGCCCAGUUGAAGAGCGAGAGGAAGUUUUUGGAGGAGGCUCCGCUUAUGACUAAAUCUCUGAGAGAAUCACAGAUAAAGGAGAAGAUGGAUAGAUAUCCCAAAGUGGUCCUGAGGGUCCAGUUUCCAGACAGAUAUGUUCUACAGGGCUUCUUCAGGCCUCUAGAGACAGUUGAUGCUCUGAGGCACUUUGUAAGGAGUCACUUGGAGGACCCUCAGCUCAGUUUCUACCUGUUCAUUACCCCUCCAAAAACUAUUCUGGAUGACCCUUCAGCUACACUUUUCCAGGCCGACCUGUUUCCUGGUGCGCUCGUGUACUUCGGCUCUGAUGUCAAGACAGAUUUUUACAUGAAGCGAGAACUGCUCGAAUCCCCCGUCUCAGCCGUACAAGCAAACGAGUCCAUUGCAAGCUGCAUGCUCCAGUCCUCAGCUCCCUCCUCGAGCUCUGGUGGCUUCAGGGAGCCGCUGCCUCCCCCAGAGCCUACAGUGGAAGCCAGCGGAUCCACACAAAACGAGGAAGACCCAUUAACACAAACCCAGGCCGCCAAACCUGCCAGAUCUGACCCGGGCAAGGUGCCUAAAUGGCUCAAACUUCCAGGUAAGAAGUAAAGCUUCUGCUGUGCUGAGGACCCACCAUGACAGACUGAUGCAACUUAAAUGUUCGCUAUGCUUCACUAGAGGCUCGGCUUUGUGACCUGCAGUGGAUUUAAUCCAUCAGAGCUGAAGCCGGGGUUUUAAAAUGGUUAAAAUAAUGAUUGAAAUGAUUGAAUGUGUUAAUUGUCAAGAAGAUCGGUGUGUUUGAUUCCUGCUGAGAGAAAAGUGUAGUGCAAAGUGAAUAAAGAUUGAUGAACAAAUGU